AUGCACGCCUGCAAAUCCCUCCAAGACCUCCCGAUGGACAUCCUCCUGUCAGUAGCUGACAACCUCGAUCUACAGGGUCUCUUCACCCUCAUCCACACCCUCCCACACCUAGCACCCUACCUUAGCACCGCUCACAUGUCUACACAGGAAAUUGACAGGGGGACCAUACUGCACCUGCUCGCCGAAGAGCACGGCACAAGGAUCGACCUGUUCGAGACGGCGGUGCGCAAGAUCCAAGGCCCCCAAAUCAACGCCCAAGACACCUACCGCCGCACCGCCCUCUCCACCGCCAUCUGCUUCUACAAGAUCUCCAUGGUCGGCAUGCUCCUGCAGCACCCCAACAUCGACGUCAACCGCCCCGACAAGUACGGCAUCCCACCGCUGCAACUCGCCGCCAUCAUGGGAUCCACCUACAUCAUCAGCAUGCUCCUCGACCACGACAGCAUCGACACCAGCCUCCCCCUCGUCCCAGGCGGCCAGGCCCUCGCCACAGCCGCCCGGCAAGCCCUCAAGGCCGGCCAAAAGGACCAAUACCACGCACUGCUCGAAGGCCUCGUCACCCAGACGCGGCUCCACGUCGACGACCGCAACAACUUCAACGGCACGCUCCUCUCCAAAGCCGCCGAAGCAGGCGACGCCACAAUGGUGAGUGUCCUCCUAAUGAUGCGAGACGAUGACCUCGCCAGCAGCUCGCGCACAAACCCCACCCGCCGCCCCCUCAUCAACGUCAACGCCGAGACCCACAGCAGCUCGACCCCCCUCACCUACGCCCUCAUCCUCAACCACAAGGCCAUCAUCCAGCAGCUCAUCCCCCGCCCCGACGUCGACGUCAACCUGCAAGGCUUCUGCCGCCCCCCACUUACACUAGUCAUCCUGCAAGGCGACACAGACACCGCGAAGCUGCUUCUCGCACGGGGCGCCGACCUCAAAGCCGACGCGCUCGAUUUCGCAGGCCGCACGCCGCUGUCCUACGCCGCGGAGUGCGGACACACGGAGAUCGUGCGGCUCCUGCUCGAGCGCAGCGACGUCGACCCUCACCGCGUUGACAGCGAGCGCUUGUCCCCGCUGCUGCAUGCGAUCGCCGCGGACAAGUCCGACGUCGUGAUGAUGUUGCUGUGCCGUGGGGACGCCGUCUGCUGCUCGUUCGACCUGGUCCUCCACUCGCCGGCCAUCUACUGCGCGAUGCUCGAGCACCCGGAGUGGCUGGCGUUGUGGCCCCGCUGUGAUUGUUUGGGCUGUGGUUACUAUCAUCUGAAUGAUCCGGCUUAUGUGUCUCGGCCUGAUUGGAAGCAGUAUGUGCGGGACUAUUAUUUAAAGUAG